AGUUGCACGGUGAGGUGGGCGUGGCAGUUGGCGAGAGGAGGCGUGUCCUCAGCAGCAAUCACUAGUAGCGCCCGCUCGCCUGCGUGUCGGGGAAUUUGAAUGGCGAUAGUAAUUGUGCUGUGCGCGCUGUGUGCCCGGCAGUUGUAACGGCGCAGCAUCGCCACCGGCAUCUCCAACUCCUCAUCGUUACGGUGUUUACUUCACGCUCCGGACGUCAGAUAGAAUCACGUCACUGGAGAGCUCUGUGGGAGAGGGCGGUUAUCGGUCAUCUCCAUCUUAUACAUGCAAAAAAGUUUUGGAUAUUUGAUGCCCAGCCGUCGCAGCACUGUCCUAUCUCUUUAAGAUUAAUCAUUAUCUGAAACCAUGACAACUGAAGCAACUUCUGCAGUUGAAAUACAUGAUUCAAAAAAGUCUGAGAAUCAGAUUGUACAGUUGGAGACCUUGAAUGAGGAGGGUGGUCAGCAAGCAGAUGAAAACGGCGAGGCAACUACGGACCACAUCGAAAAUAAAGACCCCGGAGAGACAGGGCAAGCUAACAUAACUGAGUCCACAUCUCCUCCAACCAGUCCUGGAGAGAAAAGUCCAGGGAAGCAAAAAAGGGAAAAGGAGGUACAUGAAAGCAAAGGGAUUUCCCGCUUCCUAACACCGUGGCGCAAGAAACAAAAAUCCCAGAGCGAGGUUGAGCCAGCAGAGGAUAACAAAGAUGGCAUAGUUGAUUCAACUGAGGUAACAAAGGGAAAUGAAGGUGAAUUGAACAACACAGAUGAAAAGUCAAGUAAAGGUCAACAUGUGGAGGCCGAGGUAGAGAGCAGCAACGAAAAACAUGAUAUUAACAAUUCAGAGUUACAGUCUUCUAAAGAGGAGAGGAAAGAAGUAGAAACACAAACGCUUGAUGAAAAGGCAGGCAAACAAGUGGAGAAGGUGAUCAAAGAGAAUCAGAAUGUUGAAGCCAAGAAUGAAAGUACUCCUAAACCACCCAAAAAAGUGCAAACUGUACCAUGUAAGGUGACCUUGUUGGAUAAAACUGAAUACACCUAUGAUAUUGAGAAACGUGCAAAAGGGCAGACGCUAUUUCUCAAGGUCUGUGAGCAUCUCAACCUUCUGGAGACUGAUUAUUUUGGACUUCUCUAUCGUGACAGUUCUGAUCAUAAGAACUGGCUGGAUCCUGCAAAGGAAAUAAAGAGGCAAAUUAGAAGCUCCCCAUGGCAAUUUGUAUUUAGUGUAAAGUUCUAUCCACCGGAUCCUUCUCAGUUAACUGAAGACAUAACAAGAUAUUUCCUGUGCCUUCAGCUUCGUGAGGAUAUCGCUUCAGGGCGUCUGCCAUGUUCAUUUGUGACCCAUGCAGUCCUUGGUUCCCUUGUGCUGCAGGCUGAGCUGGGUGAUUAUGAUGCAGAUGAGCACAGUGCUGACUAUAUCAGUGAUUUUCAGUUUGCACCCUGUCAAACAAAGGAGCUGGAAGACAAAGUUAUGGAACUGCAUAAAACACACAGAGGGCUUACACCAGCACAAGCUGAUAUUCAUUACUUAGAAAAUGCCAAGAAGUUGUCAAUGUAUGGUGUAGAUUUGCAUCAUGCUAAGGACUCUGAAGGUGUGGAUAUCAUGCUUGGUGUUUGUGCUAAUGGACUACUCAUCUAUAAAGACAGACUUCGAAUUAAUCGUUUUGCUUGGCCCAAGAUUCUUAAAAUUUCUUACAAACGCAGCAAUUUUUUUAUUAAAGUGAGACCUGGUGAGACUGAACAAUUUGAGAGCACCAUUGGGUUCAAAUUGCCAAACCAUCGAGCAGCAAAGAGGUUGUGGAAAGUGUGUGUGGAACAUCAUACAUUUUACAGGCUCUCCUCACCAGAACAGCCGCCAAAGGCCAAGUUCUUGACUCUGGGAUCUAAGUUUCGUUACAGUGGCCGAACACAGGCACAAACACGUGAAGCAAGCACGAGAAUAGACAGGCCAGCUCCAUAUUUUGAACGCACCUCAAGCAAACGUGUUUCCAGGAGUCUUGAUGGAGCUCCAAUUGGAAGCAUUACAGACCAGAGCCUGCUGAAGGAAUUUCCAGUGUGUGAGGCAGGCAGUGCUGUAGAUGGUGUAGUCUCAGGCCCAGAGGCUGCAGCACUAGGUACUGUGGACGGAAUGCAAGCAACCAGCACUCCACUUGUACUCUCCAAUGAUGCAAAGCUGAGUCACCCAUCAUCACAAUCACCCAUUCACUGCACUCAUACCAUCUCCGCAAACCUGGCCUCCAUCCCUGAGAUGGACGUGUUUUCAGAUAUUUCUGAGGAUGAUGCAGCGGAGGAGGAACAGCAUGAAACCUCCUUUAGUAGUGGUGUUCUAGAUUUCAAAGAGUGUAGAACUAAUGAGAUGUUACCGGCCAAUGACUUGCCACCAAAAAUACUGGAAUCCACUGCCCAUGCAGGCAGCCAUUUUUCUCCCCUUACAGUGUACACAAAUCUUUCCUUUAACUAUAAAACAGCAGAAUGUGGCUUCUUUUCAUUCAGCUUUUGCAAAAUUUUCCCUCUGAAAUUCCCUUCCUUGCUUGAUGAGGAUGGCUACAUUAGUUUCCCUAGUCUCCCAGAGGUUUGCGUUUCUUUCCUCCCAUCAAGUCUCCAACGCUACGUUCUGCUUACGUCUCCUUCCUUCAUACCUUCUCUCCUCCUCAUAUUUGUGCUUCUCCUCUCUGCCUCCCAGUCUGUCCCAUUUUCAUUGACCCUUUCCCUUCCUCUUGCUCUGUCUCUCUGCUACCUGGAGCCUAAGGUGACUUCAUUGGGCUCCUUUUAUGACCCUGACCUAUCUGACAAAGCAGAGGAAGAGAGCAAGUGCUUGAGAAUACGAGGAGAAAAUAUUUAUGUGAGGCAUAGCAAUUUAAUGUUGGAGGAUCUGGAUAAAUCACCAGAUGAGAUAUUGAAACAUCAGGCUAGCAUUAGUGAGCUCAAGCGCAGUUUCAUGGAAUCCACACCUGAGCCGCGUCCCAACGAGUGGGAAAAACGCUGCAUCACUCCUUUAUCUCUUCAGACACAUGGGAGCCUAGAAGAAGAGAUUACAUCAAUUCUAUUUAGUAAAGAAAGCUUUUCUACCUUCUCUCCAUCUAAUCUACGGACAACAGAAGCCAAUAUUUUGAAUGAUAGCGUGCCCAUUGACACGCUUUGUGUUAAUCAUUCCCCACCACUGCCUGAGAAACUUUUACCCAGAACAAGAGGGAUGCGCACUGGACUGAGUGAUGCUCUUGAGAGCUCAGAUGAGAUACAGAACAUAGUGAAUGAGAAAAAACAGUCAGAUUCUGACACCAGAAACACCACUGUCACAGAAGAUACGGCAAUAAAUGGGGAUAUCGAGAAUCACAAAGAUAUUACUGAGCAGAUUGCAGAAGUCAAGGAUUUGGAUAAAAGUGACACACAGUCCUUAUCUUCAUAUGAUAGUAGUAGUGAAAGUGAUAAUGAAGAGGCAGAGUAUAAAGCUGAAGUCAGAUCAUCUGAACAUGUCCUACACGAAGAACCUGAAGAAACUGUACAAGAGCUACUGGAAACAAUGCCGGUCACCGAGUCUCAGAUCAUUGUAAGUGAGGACCAUACUGUCACUGUAACAGUAACACAGGUCCAGGAAGAGACUGCAGUUAUAUCCCAGGAAAUCAGAGUUACUACUCAUGGAAGUGGGGAGAAAAUAUUUCAGGAAGUACAUGAAGCUCUGGAAGGGAAACAGAACAAAAUGAAUGGAGAUGUAGCCCACGUUGAUGUUGAUGCUUCUGCUCAAAUUAUUUGUUGUUCUGAGCCUCCAGUGGUGAAAACAGAGAUGGUUACCAUUUCUGAUGCCACGCAAAGAACUGAAAUUGCCACAAAAGAAGUCCCAAUAGUUCAAACGGAGACAAAAACAAUUACCUUCGAAUCUGCCCAGGUGGAUGGUAGUGGAGACGGGGAACCUGGGAUCUUAUUGAGUGCUCAGACCAUCACAUCGGACUCUGUACUAACCACUACAACAACACACAUCACCAAGACUGGAAAAGGUGGAAUAUCUGAAACAAGAAUUGAAAAGCGUAUUGUCAUCAGUGGCGAUGCUGACAUUGACCAUGACGAGGCUUUAGCACAAGCAAUAAAGGAAGCCAAAGAGCAACACCCUGACAUGUCCAUUACUCGUGUGGUCGUCCACAAAGAGACAGAGGUCACUGAAGAAGGUGAAGAGGAUUAAUCAGAAUAACCAAUAUUGUUACAGUAUGAAGGAAUUUGAACCACACCAAGCAUGUCCUGCUGCUAAUGUUAUUACGAAUUCACCAGGAUUGGCAAGCAUGACGGGACACCUGAAGGUUAAGAUGCCAACGUCAACCUCAGCUUAACACCAGACUUGUGUUGUCCCACUUUUCUGCUUGUUACGUUUUUAUAACCACUUCCUAACAUCCAUAGCUUUCUAGUAGAGUCUUGUUUGCACAGCUACUUGCUAUUUUUGAAAUUCUUGGUUAUAUGUUUGUGAACCAUAACCGUUUAUAAGACAGACACCCUGAACCAAGGAUGCUGAGAUCUUUGUAACUAAUAUAGGGUUUUUGUUCUGUUUUUGUAAUUGUUUUCUUUUUGUUUGUUUUUUACUAUUGUCUUAAUGAAAUCCUCUUUGUGGGGUCAGCUACACAGAAUAUUCAGGUGAAUUUAUGGUUUAGACUGAAAACCUUUUUGUACACAUUUCUUACAUUUUCAAAUCAGUUUCACUCUCAAUGUGUUUUUCUACCAAGAGUAGUAUUUUAAGGCUUUGUUUAGUAAUGGCAAAACUAAAUACGGUAGAUAUCAUCAAAAUGGAUGCAGUAUGUUUGGGGGAAUGGGGGAGGGGGGUUAAGUCUCCUGUGGAAGGAUUUCCAGCUGAUUUUUAAAAUAUGUGAGAGGCUUUUAAUGCUGCGUAGUAGUGAAUAGACCAGCAAGGGGAAUUAGCCAUCCAGUGCAUCUGUAAUGUGGCUUCCCUUUUAAUCCUGAACUGCUAGCAGUAAAACUAUAUCUGACUGUUAUAUCUGAGAAAGGAAACUAAAACACAGAACAUUCCAGGAAGGAUAACACAGAAAUGUACAUCUUUCCAAAAUAAGAAACUAAACACUCUUUGGCAGCUUAAGCAACAUUGUGCUUUUUGUCAGUGUUUCCAUACCUUAGACAUUUGUUAUAAAUUCACAUAUGUAAAACACUUGCUUUUUAUGUCUGUCUAUAUGUUAAAUCUGACAUGACGACAGGUAAAUUGAUGUCUGUUUCAUAUAUUCUGUAAUGAUUUAUACAGGUUGUAGGAUGCAGAAAGGUGUUUUACUUUCUACAAUUCGCCAAUGAUGACACGACCCUUGGUUACCACUAGCAAACGUUUAUUGAGUUGUCUCUUUACUGUCUCAUUGACUUUGUAUAGUUAAAUUGCCACGUUAGAUUUAUAGCCGCUUCAAGUUGUAUUAAGAAUAUUUUGUUAUCUGUAAUACUGUUAAAAAUAAAGUUUGUUUAUUCUAUUGAA